AUGUCGUACCAAUUCCCCCCUUCCAGCGGCGGCUCUGGAUCUGGCUCCAGCUCAUCCAGUGGUCCUGGCUCUGGCUCAUCUGGACCAGGGCCAUCCUCUGGCUCAAGCCCCAUCUCUCCUAAUACCGUACUUUCCUCCCCGCCACUUAACUUCGUCGAGAUCAAGGCCCGAAACCAUGGACUCGUUAUGACGAUUGGCUUCCUCAUCAUGCUUCCAAUUGGUGUCUUAGUGGCGCGGUACACUCGCACAUAUACCAGACACUGGUUCUGGUCCCACGCUGCCAUACAACUCGUCCUUUCCGGCCCCUUGAUCUUCUAUGGAUGGGCGGCGGGUAACAGCCUCGCGCGCGAGCUCGAAGCGUUGAGUCUCCAUGACACGCACCAGAACAUCGGCGUAGCGCUGCUCGCGAUGUACGUCACGCAGCUGCUCAUCGGCGUUGUCGUCCACUUCUUCAAAGUCCCGCGCCUCUUUUUGGGGCGGCCUCAUCCACCGUGCUCCCUGGAAUUACCUCCAUGUCAUUCUCGGCCUAAGCAUCCUCGCGCUGGCCGCCUUCCAGGUACCCCUUCGAUGCCAUCUUUUAAUGCUACAUUGCUCACCCCCGGGCCUUCACAGGUCCAUUACGGGCUGCAGACGGAGUGGCCGCUGUUCACUGGUGGCAUCCACAAGAUCCCGGACUCUGCCUUCAACGCGUGGAUGGCGCUCAUCAUCGUAUUUUGGGUGCUCUACGCCGCGGGAUUGCUCCUACUUCCCCGCCAGUUCAAGCAAGAAUCCACUGCCCGCGCCGCAAUGACAGGCACCGCCGCCGCCAAAUACGAAAACGAUCUUGGGGCGGAGGAAGAUGGCAGGAAGGACGCACGCAUGGGUUGAUACGAUAG